UUUCGACAUUACCAACUCCCGCGAUCUCCAAUCUGAAACUGAAAACUGAAAAGCUUCAAGUCCACCAUUACGUAAUAACGUGUGUUACCAUUUCCUUAAUUCUAAUUUCACAGUUAUUUGCCAUUUUCUCUCUCCUCCAUUCGCAAUCUAAGUUUCGUAUUCUGAGAUUUUUCACACUUCAAACAGUUUAACCCUAAUUCUCUCAUUUUCAUUCUCAAUUACUCCAAUUUCCCCCUUUUUCAUCGAUUGAUUGCGCAAUUGAUUGUGGAUUAAGCUAAGGUUUCGAAUGUUGUAAGAUAAGGGAGGAGAAACAAUGGCGAGGGUUCAAGAGAAUUGGGAACGCCUUGUUCGAGCUACUCUCCGGCGAGAGCAGCUUCGAACCGCCGGCCCCGCCCAUGAGCGCCACCCUAGCGGUCUCGCGGGAGCUGUUCCGCCUUCGCUUGGCCGUGCUUCCAAUAUCGAUGCCAUUUUGCAAGCUGCUGAUGAGAUUCAGGACCAGGAUCCCAAUGUUGCUCGCAUUCUGUGUGAGCAGGCAUAUUCUAUGGCACAAAAUCUGGAUCCAAACAGUGAAGGCAGAGGUGUCCUCCAAUUCAAGACCGGUCUGAUUGCUGUCAUUAAGCAAAAACUUGCCAAAAGGGAUGGAUCUCAAAUAGAUCGUAACCGUGAUGUCGAACGAUUAUGGGAAUUCUACCACCGAUACAAGCAAAGACAUAGAGUGGAUGACAUUCAACGUGAAGAACAGAAAUGGCGCGAAUCUGGGGUAUUCAGUACCAAUGUUGGAGAAUUGGUGGAAAUGAGGAAAGUGUUUGCCACAUUGAGGGCUCUGGUUGAGGUGAUGAAGGAAUUGGCCAAGGAUGCCGCUCCUGAAGUGGGAAGAUUGAUUUUGGAGGAAUUAAGGAGAAUUGAAAAGUCAGAUGCUACCUUGUCCGGUGAACUCACACCAUACAACAUUAUUCCCCUAGAAGCACCGUCUUUGACCAAUGCUAUUGGAGUUUUCCCAGAGGUUAGAGGUGCGAUAUCUGCUAUAAGGUAUAUUGAAAGCUUCCCUAGACUUCCUGCUGCUUUUGAGAUUCCUGGCCAUCGGGAUGCAGACAUGUUCGAUCUUCUGGAAUUUGUCUUCGGUUUCCAGAGGGACAAUAUUAGAAAUCAACGCGAAAAUGUUAUCUUAAUAGUUGCAAAUUCGCAAUCUCGUCUUGGGUUCCCAGAUGAACGUGAUCCUAAAGUAGACGAGAAAGCUAUAUACGAGGUUUACAAGAAAGUGCUAGAUAAUUAUUUUAGAUGGUGCAAAUAUUUGCGGAUACGGAUGGCAUGGAAUAGUUCUGAUGCAAUUACUCGGGAGAGGAAGCUUUUUUUGGUCUCGUUGUACUUUCUUAUUUGGGGGGAGGCUGCCAAUGUUCGUUUUCUCCCUGAAUGCAUUUGCUACAUAUUCCACAAUAUGGCGAAGGAGUUAGAUGCAAUCUUGGACCAUGGAGAAGCUUAUCUUGCCGAAAGCUGUAAAAUGGAAAAUGGUUCAGUCAACUUUCUUGAGAAAGUUAUUCAACCUAUAUAUGAUACAAUGGUUGAGGAAACUUUAAGAAAUGACAAUGGGAGAGCAGCACAUUCAGCAUGGAGAAAUUAUGAUGAUUUUAAUGAAUAUUUCUGGUCGCCAACAUGCUUUAAGCUGGGAUGGCCAAUGGAUAAGGAUUCAGCAUUUUUGAGGAAGCCUUUUAAAAAUUGGAAAAGGACAGCAAAAAGCAGCUUUGUUGAGCACCGGACGUUUUUCCACCUAUAUCGUAGUUUUCAUCGCAUGUGGAUAUUUUUAGCUAUAAUGUUCCAGGUUUUAACGAUUAUAGCUUUUCACGGUCGGCUGAAUCUGAAUACAUUUAAGGUCCUGCUGAGCGUGGGGCCAACUUAUGCUGUCAUGAAAUUUUUGGAGAGCAGCUUGGAUAUUUUGCUCAUGUUUGGUGCAUACACAACAGCAAGAGGCAUGGCAAUAUCAAGGCUGGUUAUUAGGUUCUUUUGGUGGUGUCUUAGUACUGCAGCCAUUAUCUAUUUCUACGUGAGGCUUCUACAGGAUUGGAACCGGGAGCAAACUAGUUCAUUAUCUUUUCGCAUUUACAUCCUAAUGCUGGGUGCUUAUGCUGGUGCUCGGCUGGUUUUCGCUGUACUAUUGAAGAUCCCGGGCUGUCAUGCUUUGUCUCUAAAGUCCGAUCAGUCAUUCUUUCAAUUUUUUAAAUGGAUAUAUCAGGAGAGAUACUUUGUUGGACGUGGUCUUUAUGAAAAGCCCAUAGACUAUGCCAGAUAUGUCCUCUAUUGGUUGGUGAUCUUUGCAAGCAAAUUUACUUUUGCUUACUUCCUCCAGAUUCAGCCUCUAGUGGAGCCUACAAGAAUUAUUGUGAAUAUUCGUUUUACUCAAUACUCAUGGCACGAUUUAGUCUCAAAGAAUAAUUAUAAUGCGCUUACGGUAGCAAGUCUUUGGGCUCCAGUCGUUGCUAUUUAUCUGAUGGAUAUUCACAUAUGGUACACGCUUUUGUCGGCUCUUGUUGGUGGUGUGAUGGGUGCACGAGCCCGGCUAGGCGAGAUACGUUCGAUUGAAAUGGUUCACAAACGUUUUGAGAGCUUCCCUGAAGCUUUUGUGAAGAAUCUGGCAUCUCCAAGAACAAGAAGAAUAGUGGCUUUUGAUCGACAAAAUCCUGAGAACUCGCAAGAGAAUAACAAGACAUAUGCUGCCAUUUUUUCUCCUUUCUGGAAUGAGAUUAUCAAAAGUUUGCGUGAAGAGGAUUUCAUCAGCAAUCGGGAAAAAGACUUGUUGUCUAUGCCCAGUAAUUCGGGCAGUCUUCCUCUUGUUCAAUGGCCUCUCUUUCUUCUAAGUAGUAAGAUUUUGAUGGCUAUUGACCUGGCUUUGGAUUGCAAAGACACACAAGCGGAUUUGUGGAACAGAAUAUGUAGAGAUGAUUACAUGGCUUAUGCAGUUCAAGAAUGUUAUUAUAGUAUUGAAAAGAUCUUACACUCCUUAGUUGAUGGUGAAGGGCGGCGCUGGGUUGAGAGGAUCUACCGUGAAAUCGAUAAUAGCGUUAAGGAGGGUUCACUUGUUAUAACCUUAUUCCUGAAGAAGAUUCCCUUGGUGCAAUCAAGAUUUACUGCAUUGACAGGACUAUUGAUAAGGAACGAAACUCCUGAACUCGCAAAAGGUGCUGCAAAGGCUCUUUAUGAUUUCUAUGAGGUGGUGACACAUGAUCUGCUGUCAACCGAUCUCAGGGAGCAAAUUGAUACGUGGAACAUAUUAGCUAAAGCAAGAAAUGAAGGGAGAUUAUUUUCUAGGAUAGAGUGGCCAAAGGAUCCAGAAAUCAAGGAGUUAGUGAAGAGAUUGCACUUGCUACUUACAGUAAAGGAUACAGCAGCUAAUAUACCAAAGAAUUUAGAAGCUAGGAGGCGGUUAGAAUUUUUUACAAAUUCAUUAUUCAUGCACAUGCCUCAGGCAAAACCUGUGUCAGAAAUGGUGCCUUUCAGUGUAUUCACCCCCUACUACAGUGAGACAGUACUGUAUAGCUCUUCAGAUUUGCGGGUUGAAAAUGAGGAUGGAGUUUCUAUACUGUUCUAUCUCCAGAAGAUUUUUCCUGAUGAGUGGGAGAAUUUCUUGGAGCGUAUCAAUCGAGGAGAGUCCUCUGGUGAUGUAGAUUUUGAAGAAAGUUCAAGUGAUAACUUGGAGCUGCGUUUUUGGGUCUCUUAUCGUGGACAGACAUUGGCUAGGACAGUGCGUGGUAUGAUGUACUACAGAAGAGCAUUAAUGCUUCAGAGUUUUAUGGAAAGAAGGGGAUUAAUAGAAGAGGACACGCGUUUGCUUACAAAUCAGUCGGCAAAUCUUGGAUUUGAGUUGUCGAGUGAGGCACGGGCACAAGCAGAUCUGAAGUUCACUUAUGUUAUCUCAUGCCAAAUUUAUGGACAGCAAAGGCAGAGAAAAGCUCCGGAGGCUGCAGAUAUUAAUUUAUUGCUACAGAGGAAUGAGGCACUUCGUGUUGCUUUCAUUCACCUUGAGGAAAGUGCUGGGUCUGGACCUGAUGGUUCUGUUUCAAAGGAAUAUUACUCCAAGCUUGUCAAAGCUGAUGUACAUGGAAAAGAUCAGGAAAUAUAUUCAAUCAAGCUUCCUGGAGACCCAAAACUUGGUGAAGGAAAGCCCGAAAAUCAGAAUCAUGCAAUUGUUUUUACUCGUGGAGAAGCAAUUCAGACUAUUGAUAUGAAUCAGGAUAAUUACCUGGAGGAGGCAAUGAAAAUGAGAAACCUUCUUGAGGAAUUUCAUGCAAAACAUGGUAUCCGUCCUCCAACUAUUCUUGGUGUAAGGGAGCAUGUUUUCACAGGAAGUGUUUCUUCUCUUGCUUGGUUUAUGUCCAAUCAAGAAACCAGUUUUGUGACAUUAGGUCAACGAGUUCUGGCGAAACCUCUCAAAGUACGCAUGCAUUAUGGACAUCCAGAUGUAUUUGAUCGUAUUUUCCACAUAUCUCGUGGUGGCAUUAGUAAGGCGUCACGUGUUAUUAACAUAAGUGAGGAUAUUUAUGCUGGUUUCAACUCCACCCUGCGGCAGGGAAAUAUUACACACCAUGAGUACAUACAGGUUGGCAAGGGAAGAGAUGUUGGGUUGAACCAGAUUGCACUUUUUGAGGGUAAGGUUGCUGGAGGAAAUGGAGAGCAAGUCCUCAGCAGAGACGUGUACCGACUUGGGCAGCUUUUCGACUUUUUCAGAAUGCUUUCUUUCUACUUCACUACUGUGGGUUAUUAUGUGUGCACGAUGAUGACAGUUCUUACUAUAUAUAUUUUCCUGUAUGGGAGAGUAUACCUGGCAUUUUCUGGACUUGAUGAAGGGAUUGCAAGAGAUGCCAGAAUUCUUGGGAGCACAGCUUUGGAUGCAGUUCUAAAUGCUCAGUUUUUGGUUCAAAUUGGAAUUUUUACUGCUGUACCAAUGAUAAUGGGAUUUAUACUAGAGCUUGGUUUGCUAAAGGCUAUCUUCAGUUUCAUUACUAUGCAGCUGCAGUUAUGUUCAGUCUUCUUCACGUUCUCAUUAGGAACAAGGACUCAUUACUUUGGUCGUACUAUCUUGCAUGGAGGUGCCAAAUAUAGGGCUACCGGUAGGGGAUUUGUUGUCCAGCAUAUCAAAUUUGCCGAGAACUACAGGCUCUACUCUAGAAGUCAUUUUAUAAAAGCGCUUGAAGUAGCAUUGCUGCUCACUAUUUACAUCGCGUAUGGCUACACAAGGAAUGGUGCUGUCUCUUUUGUAUUAUUGACACUCAGCAGUUGGUUUCUUGUUAUCUCCUGGCUCUUUGCUCCUUACAUCUUUAAUCCCUCGGGAUUUGAGUGGCAAAAGACUGUGGAAGAUUUGGAUGACUGGGCUAGUUGGCUUCUCUACAAAGGUGGAGUUGGUAUAAGAGGAGAACAUAGCUGGGAAUCUUGGUGGGAUGAAGAACAGAUACAUAUUCAUACUUGGAGGGGUCGUAUUCUGGAAACAAUUUUGAGCUUGAGAUUUUUCAUGUUCCAGUACGGCAUUGUCUACAAACUCCAUGUUAUGCCAUCAAACACAUCACUGGCGAUGUAUGGCUUCUCCUGGAUUGUUCUAGCAGUCAUUGUCAUUAUAUUUAAGAUUUUCAGCUUCAGUCCCAAAAAGUAUGCUGGAUUCCAGUUAUGGAUGCGUUUUUUCCAGGGAGUCACUGCCUUGGGACUCGUGGCAGCCAUUAUCCUUGUUAUCAUCCUCACUCCUCUCACUAUUCCAGACUUGUUUGCCUGUGUCCUCGCAUUCAUUGCAACUGGAUGGGGAAUUAUUUGUCUUGCAAUCACUUGGAAGAAGCUGGUCAGAAGCAUUGGUUUGUGGGAUUCCAUCCGGGAGUUUGCUAGAAUGUAUGAUGCUGGGAUGGGUAUGAUGAUCUUUGCACCAAUUGCUAUUCUUUCUUGGUUCCCAUUUAUCUCGACCUUCCAGUCUCGGCUUCUUUUCAACCAAGCCUUCAGUCGAGGUCUUGAGAUCUCAAAGAUUCUUGCUGGAAACAAAGCCAAUGUUCAGAUGUGAGAAAUGGGAAUAUAACAAGUUUUGCUGAAGCCUGUUCAACCAUUAUGCGGCUAAGCUGUAAGUUCGAAUUCUUCAAUGAGAACUGAUAAGGUGUUCAGACACCCUGUAACACACCGGUUAUGGCUUCUGAUGUCUUGAGCUUAGCAUCCUUCUGUAUCAUUUUUGUACUCCGUAGCUUUUUUUGUUUGUAUUACUCUUUUCUCAUUCUUUCUUCUCUCUUUUUUGGGUUUGUUGGGUUGGCGGUUUGAUCUUGUAAAUGAGUAAGAUACAGAUAUAUUUCAAUGAUGAGCAGUUGUUUUUGAUA